UGUGUGUGUGUGUGUGUGUGUGUGUAUAGCCUUGUGAUGCCAGAGGAAAGUAGAUGUUUUCAGGAUGAAGAUGAAGUUGUCAGUGCUGUGCUUGUGUCUUCUUCUUCUUCUUCUGGCCUUGGUGAGCGGAGGACUUCUCACCAGGAAUGAUCUUCAGAGCGAUGGCAUCAGGUUGAAUAAAAUAUCCCGAAGAGCAGGUCUGCACAAGAUCAUGUUGGCCAGGAGAGGACACUAUGAACAGCAGAGACUUCACAUGAUGAGGCCUAAAGGGAUGCCAGACCCCCUGAGGGACUACCUGCCUACCAAGGCGUCCCCAGACCCCGGCAGGCCCGACUGCUCCCAGCUGGGCCAGAGCUGCCUGCCUCAGCAGGGAUGCUGUGAGACAAGUUCUACCUGCCAUUGCCACUUCUUCCAAGCCAUUUGCUUCUGCAGGAGGAGAAAUGUGGUGUGCAGCCCAAACUCUUGAAGGAGCGCCACAAGCUUGCCACGGGACAGACGCAGCGUCCGCCAUCUUGUGUCACUCUGAAAACAAUAAAUGCUCAUUGGAAGGACGUCGCUAUGUAACCUUCUGUGUUCUAAGACCUCCUCUAAGAACUGAAAAAUCUUACUUUUUGCUGUGCCUUUCUGACAUUUUAAGUCAUUCUCCUUUUGUUGUGUUGUUUUGCUCCUAACAUCAUUCUUUUUUUAUCACGCUUUGGCAGUUUCUUGAAAGAAAAUACAUUUUAAGAACCUCUCACUGAGCUGCAUCAAGUAUAUAUGAAGUAGAUGUUGGAUGAUGAAAAGUCCUCCAGCUUGAAGGGAUUACCGUCACAAACACGCCAAACCCUAACCCUGGAAUAAGUGUUUUAUUUUUUUUUUAUUCUUUUUUUUUUUCUUUUUGUAUUUUUUUUGUUUUUAGAAAUAAUAAUGCAAGUACAUAACCAGUACAAAACAGUGCCAGGGGGUUGUAACUGAAUCAAGUAAAUAAAGUAGAAUCCAAUAUGUAUAUCCAUUCCAUUUUCUACCGCUUAUUCCCUUUUGGGGUCGCGGGGGGCGCUGGCGCCUAUCUCAGCUACAAUCGGGCGGAAGGCAGGGUACACCCUGGACAAGUCGCCACCUCAUCGCAGGGCCAACACAGAUAGACAGACAACAUUCACACACUAGGGACCAUUUAGUGUUGCCAAUCAACCUAUCCCCAGGUGCAUGUCUUUGGAGGUGGGAGGGGCCUAUCCCCAGGUGCAUGUCUUUGGAGGUGGGAGGGGCCUAUCCCCAGGUGCAUGUCUUUGGAAGUGGGAGGAAGCCGGAGUACCCGGAGGGAACCCACGCAUUCACGGGGAGAACAUGCAAACUCCACACAGAAAGAUCCCGAGCCUGGAUUUGAACCCAGGACUGCAGGAACUUCGUAUUGUGAGGCAGACGCACUAACCCCUCUGCCACCGUGA